UACAUGCAGUAUUUUCAUAUUUUAAAGUUAUAUGUAGUGUAUAAUAAACUGUAUUUAAUAUUUAACACUGAAAUCAAGCAUAGCUACUUUUUUGUCACGCACAUGGUGCCGAUCACCAGACUGGCUACAGCCUUCAGAGCGGUUUUUGCCGGUUUUGCCGGAUCGGCCCUGGGACAGCCAGAUAAUAUUGGAAACCGGAUAAUCGAUGAUCAACUGUGCUCUCUGGAGGGCCCGAUAGCCCUCUCUCCAGAGGAGGUGUUUCUGCCAGCAGUGGUGUGCACAAGCAAUUGCAGGUCUUCCGGUUUUUUUCAUUGUUUUUUAUAAUUAUGAUGUUUUAUUGUGAGAAUUUCAAUCUGAUUCUGACGUUAUUCCUUCCAUCAACAUUUACCUAUUGAUUUCUAGGUCCUUGCAAAACUAAUGAAGAAUGAAAACUUCACGAUUCUGUUCCAAAGCAACGGUCUCUCCCCCAAUGAACGAAGCUUGAAUGUGUCUAGUCAGAAUUCUGCCACUGCCUUCUUCCCUGUUUCUCUGAAUGUUGACGGCAAAGUUUCCUUCGCUGUAGUUGUCUCCUACCAAAAUGUAGAUUACACAGUGGUGGGAUACACAUUGGUCAAGGUAAGUGUCUGCUAGCGUGCGUGCAUGUUCUCAGAUACAGCUGCAAUGGGGCCACGUGCUGUCUGCAGUGAUUGAGAAUUGGGUUGUGUCAAUCAUGCCAUGAAGGAAUGGCUUGUGAAGGGAGCACUGAAAGGGAAUAAUGGCUCAUUCCGCUUCAUUUCAUGUGGGAGUUCAGUCCUUCCAUAUAGUAAUAAUUUUCAGAAUUUCUGUGAAUACUUCAUAAAGAAAUCAUGAUUGUUGAAAUUUGAUGAGCAACCAUGCAUAUAAAAACAGUAACCAAAUAAUAAGAAUUCAAGUAACGUUAAGCAGUCACACCAAGGAGGGAGUUGUUAGAAUUAUUAUAGCCCCCCUUCUUAAAAGAUGGUCUACAUCCUUCCAAUCUGUGCUACCAGUCGUAUGGUCCAGUUAGCUGUGAUUAUAUCUACACACAAUUGCCACUCACCCUCAACCACUCUCUUGGAAGGUAAGCACUGCCCAGCACUUUAUCUGGCCUUAGGUUCUGUAUUUCCCUACACACUUCCUCAACAGAUGGCACAUUAGCCAGCCACUCACAGGGAGCACCUACUUCCUCCAAUAUUCGAGGCAUGGUAGCCCCAUUAAGGUCAAAUGUACCUUGCCCCAAGUUAUCUCAGAUCAGGGGUUUCCCCUCCCCCAAGAUUUCACAAAUAUCAUCAGUAACCUACAAACCUGUUAGUGAGGUUCUGAGAUCGGAUCGCUGCCCUUGUAUCAUUUACUUCUAAAAACACAAAUAUCAGGGACCCGCUAUUUCACAACUUUAUAAGAAACACUAGAAAUAAUAGCAUACAAGGGAUCUUCCCAUCCAAUCAGAUAAUUUUCAACACAUGUAUGUUCACAGUAACCAAUCCGCAAAUACAACCGGAGCACCAUUUGUGAUGCACAAUAAGUUUACUUCCACCUCCACCAAUUUGGUUCAUUACAUCACACGCAAACACUGUGGCCUCCACUACAUUUGAGAAAUGGCUAAAUGCCUCGAUGAUAGUUUCAUGGAACAUCUUCCGUCAGAAAUGUUUGUUUCAUGGGUGUACCUCACAUUCAUUUUAUCAGACUUCUCUACCUCAGGAAUGUAGGACACUUACAUUUAAUUUAUUGAAAUGGUGAUUGGGCCCAGGAAUGUAUUUCUGGACGGAUUGUGCCUUGUUCACACAAGAACAAACCUUGCAAGGUGACAGCAACAUUUUAAAAUUUGAACAUAAGCUAGUUUACAUCGUAAUACAUUUUGAAAAUUGUAGGGUUUGUCCCGUACUUAAUGUAUAGUAUUCGUUAACUAUUAAUCUGCCUGUUUAAAACUGCACAUCAGAUUUUAGUGUAUUAUCAUCAGGUCCUAUGGUGUAAAGUGCAGUCUGCAAUCCGUGUUAUCUCUCUGGCCUUCUUUUGUAUGUGCUGUGAACAAGGGCUGUUGCCUGAAUGUAGCAUUUUUUUUAUUUUAAGGCCAUGUUGUUGACGAAUUUUCCGUCUCAAUGUCUGACAAGUGGUGUAAUCUUAAGUGUCGUGUUUUUCCCAUCAUGCAGUAUCCAGGCUUCCCACAAACGUACUCGGAGAGUGCCCUCCUCAGCCUCUACGAUAAUACAAAUUUCACAAGAUCAUUUGUGUUCAACUUCCCACCCAACAUCGUACAAGGAAGCAGUUCAGCCGUCCUUUACAUCUACGGAGACAUCGUUGGACCCUCCCUCACUGGGCUGGACCAGCUCAUUCAGAUGCCGUACGGCUGCGGGGAGCAGAACAUGAUCAACUUUGCACCGGGAAUCUACAUCCGGAAAUAUCUGGACGUGUCCCGCCAGACAACGCCAGAUAUCGCUGCUAAAUCCUUGAAUUACAUGAAUUCAGGCUAUGAACGAGAGCUCAUGUACAGGAGAAGUGAUGGCUCCUUCAGUGCAUUUGGAAACUCUGAUCAACAGGGCAGUACAUGGUAAUGGCCUACAGCUAUGAAACCUCAACUAAUACAGUGGUGUUUCAGUUUUAGUUAAUUUUUCAUUCUAAACUUUGGUUAAAUUAAAUGAAGUUUUCAAAAUAUUCAGUAUUUUAUGCUUUCAUUAAAGUUUUUGUUUAUUAGUUGUGCAAUAUUCCCGAAGAACCCUGUAGGCGUUCUCUGCAAUAUUGAUGUAUUUGUUUUUGCUUUGUUGUUACUGU